UUUGGAUACACGUAUGCUCAUUUUCUCAGUGCCCAAGCCGUUUCAAGAGGAAUCGAAAAUGUGACAGAUAUUUAGGCAUGGAUGAUCGUGUUGAGAGGCUACCAACGUGUUUCCCCGGCAAUGCUGUCUGCGGAGCUAGGAAAGAAUGGCGCUUUUUUUGUGCGACCCGAGUUUUUCUUUCAGCUCAACGAAUGAUUAAAACUAGGGUGAAUAGGCCUAUCGCGCGCAGUUUUGCCCGACUCUGUGAUUUCAUCUGUCAACGUGCGAACUCGCCGACAGUUUCGAUGGUGAAAAAACGGUGCCGCAACGCGAGGUGAACGCUUCACCGUGCUCCGUCCGAGUCAGACAACAACAAAAAGAUCCAGACAGCAGCUUCAGUUCCCACACUCUGUCUUUCAACGGUGACAAAAUUGUGUAUGCGGAAACAUCAUUGCCAGAGAGCACGACAGGUGUGACUGUUGUCUACGUGCCACUUGGGGUGGGGGAAGACCACAGUGAUGUGCACUUCAGUGAAGAACGGGCGGCUCCAUCGUUGGCUGCUGAGGAGGAGCAGCACUCUGCCCUUCUUGUGAGCAGCCUGCCACCAUGUCCCUGAGCACAAGUCAUCCCCUGCAGCCAUCUGCAGGUCCCGACUGCUAUGGGACCCCUGUGAGCUCUGGAGCUGGCGGGGCGAUGCAGAAUGGGGGCUCCACCUAUUCGUGGGUGGGGCCACCACCUGCCCUGUCGCAGAAGAGUUGGCCACCGGGCUAUCAGGCCAGUCUCACCAACCUCUUCCUCAAAAAGAAUCCUUUACACUUUGGUACAGGCAUCUCUCAGCUGGCAGCAGCAUCGAGCUACUUGGAAAAAAUGUCCAACCUCGGUUCCGCAGACCAUGCCCACCACAAGUGUCCCCACCCUGACGCCAAGGAUAAGCCCUAUCCAUGUGAUGUCUGCCACAAGUACCUGACGCUUUGCAACAGCCUGCGGGCCGAUGCGAGAGCAUCUUCUGGGUCGUCACCACCAGAGCGCAAAGCACUGCCUGUUCUGCAGUCCGGUGGAUCAUCUGGAAUACCGCCAUCUAUCCCGCAGGGCCCCCCGUCUAUGGGACCUCAAGGGGGGCCACCUUCUGCGGCGGCCAUCUUGGAGCGGGCCAACGGCCACGGUCCCAGACCCAGACCACCACCCACAAAGCAGUUCAUGUGUCCUGUGUGCCACAAGUACUUUACGCAGAAGGGGAACCUGAAAACGCACAUGAUGAUUCACACUGGAGAGAAACCAUACUCAUGCCAGGUGUGUGGAAAAAGUUUCACACAAAAGGGCAACGUGGAUACGCACAUGAAGAUCCACACAGGAGAGAAGGACUUUGGCUGCGAGGCCUGCGGGAAACGCUUUACCCAGAAAGGAAACCUGAAAACCCACGUGCGGAGUGUGCACACGAAGGAGAAGCCCUUUGCGUGCGGCGUCUGCGGCAAGUGCUUCUCGCAGAAGGGCAACAUGCAGACCCACAUGCGCACGCACAACAAGGAGGACCGUUUUCCGUGCACUCUCUGCGGCAAAACGUUCUCGCAGAAGGGCAACCUCAAGACCCACAUGCAGCGGCACGCGGGCCAGUUGCCCCCCCGGCGCUACGGCUCGCGUGGCUCGCGGGGGGCCAACGCCAUCACGGGGGGGCUCCUGCACCGCCCGCACCUUGCCGCCUUUGCCCUGGCCUCGACCUCUGCUCAGCAACAUCAGCAGCAGCAACAUCAACAUCAGUCUCAGCAGCCCAGCUCACCAAAGCCCGACAAAAGUCCUCCGCAGGGUAGUGGACCUCCGACACCACUCAGUCCAGAGCCCCUGCUUCGUCAUCAAUCGACGGAAGACUCCUCCCCCGUCGGAGGGCCCGAUCCUCGUCCCUUCUAUUCUGCCCCACCCACACCUGCCCCUCCUCACUCCCCCCGAUGGCUGGUGCACCCUGGGAGUAGGCAUUAUGACGGCUUCCAGGCUCCGCCUUACCCUGGUCUUCACCCGCCACAUGCACUCUCUCGGCUGGCACUGCUUGGAGCCGGGUCGUCGCCACAGCAGCAUGCGACAUCCCACCAGGUGGCAUCUGAAAGUGGAGCUCCUUCACCGCCCGACAACAAGGCGUCUCCCAUGGGUGGGGCACAGCAUCAACAACAGCAGCAGCAGCAGCAGCAUGGUGGCCAUAUCGGAGAAUCUUUUCACUCACCGAGCAAUCCAGACUUUUCUCAACUCCUCGAAUGAAAUUGGGAGGGGUUAGGUUUCUCAGAAAGACUAUUUGGCAGUGCUCGGAGCAGACCCCACCUGACAUCUGGAUGUCUUACAUGAGAGUAAACACUGUGCCUGCUGGCUAACUGUAUAGGAAAGAAUAUUGAACUAGCUGGAGGAGACGAUGUACACUAACGCAACACGACAGUUGCCGCACGGCUCAGCCGGAGAGGCUGCAUAGCUGACACAGCUCCGUAGCACCACCAGUCACGACUGCAAGGAGUGGUUGAUACCUGUUGGUGCUCAAGUGUCUCUAAGCUGCAUGGGUCCCCUGGACCUCGGACAAGUAACUCAACAGUGUGUGUUGGAAGGCCCUCAAGUUUGUGCCAAAAGGGCACAAGGUCACCUGUGACGAAUAGUCCGAGACUUUGGAAAGGAGGGCAAAACCAACCGCCAAGGCUGACUAGCAAUACAUCUGAGACAGGGUGAGUUGUACUGAGGGGCAGGCUCUGGGGGCUGGCCCCUAUUGGAACACGUGGGGUCGAAGACCUUUGUCCUCUUCUGUUUAUUAACCUACAAGAUAUGUGUAAGAUAUGUGUGCUUGCAUUUACACACUACGGUGCCAGUUUCAUCUGUGAGAGGCAGCUUAGCAGGUACAUUCAUUUUUGUUACAAUUUGUGUACAGCGAGAGGUGUGGAAUACCCUGAAUAGCCUUUGUUGUUCACUGCACAGUCAAUUUCACCUGGUUCGGGAGUGAAGGGCAACAUCGGGUGGUGUAAAUUGCAUCAUUCUUUUACCUUUCUUUUGUGAUAAGUCAUGCUUCACCGGACUCCCUUGUACUGUCCACGUCAUUCUGUUUCAUAGUGCAAGGGUACGUUUUGUUUCUGUUCUUGUCAUCAAACGAACACGACAAUCUCGUUUGUUUCAUUUUCUUCCUUUCAAACCAUCUCAUAGCGGCAAUGGGGGAAGGUUGUUCAUGGCAGAAGUCGUGAAUGAAAGUCUGUGAUCUGCUCAUUUUUGUUUGUCCAUUUACAUUCAGUCUGUUACUGAUGCCCAGGUGUUUUAAAACCUGAGAGUUACAAGAUAGUAGGUAGUAUAUUGGGCAUGCUGUAGUUUGUUUUCUCUCGGCUUCAGAAGGGAAUACCUAAGACAUUUCCUCGUUUCUUUGAGACAGCAUUUCAGAGUUAGGUAACAGAUCUCAGAUUUCUUUCUGUCUCUUGCACACUUUCUGAACUGAGUAGUUUUUUUUUUUUUUUACUCCCGCUAACACGCCAAUGCAAACUAUGGGUUUUAUGCCUUCAGCGCUGCCUCGAGGGUUUGGAACCACUGAUUGAAAGCCGUCUGCUCGACGCUCACCCUCAUCUGCGACGUCAAAUGGGACACCCUGGGCGAUUGAAUCCGGCCAGCAAAAGUAGCUCUACAGGAAUGCCCCCUACAGAAACCGAGGGAUAUCUGUGAAAUAUUGGGGGAGGGCAAUAUAUCUGGUACUGCCAACACCUCCUAGAUACAGAAGGCCUGCUCAAUGCCUCCUCUCCCUCCUUUGCUACGUGGUGUCGUAAAGUAAAAAUUCGUCUACCACCGUGAUUCACCAUGCUGCAAAUUCAAGAACUCGCAAAUGUUUGCAAAUUUGAACCUGUAGACUAAAAGUGCAACACGCUUUCCAUGAAAUUAGUCUCGAGAAAAAUGUGGGACAGUAUUGCGCUGUAUUUUGUUUUACCAUUUAAUAUGCAGGGACAUUCACUGCUCGCAGACGACAGUGGCUGCCCCUGCGGCUGACGGCGGCUCGUCUCCGUGGCUACGGCCGUUGAAAACACGAUCCUAAUUGGCUGACUCUCAGUUGUUAUGUCACGUCGACGAAUAAGCAGGCUUUCUUUCUCUCUAGGUGGUGUUGGUACUGGUCCACCAACAACAAAGGUGAUGAAACUUUCCCUUUUUUUUUUUCUGCGACUUUUCUGCGACUUUGGUGGACCUGUUUUGAGUUAUAGUUCACACCUGAUAUUUUACACACAUCUCGCGGCGUUACAUGGGCUUUACAUCGGCUUUACAUCGGGCAGCUCUGAAAAUGGUUUAUGGGGAAAGAGCAUACGGAGCUCUGUCACACAUAAAAGGCACACUUACGGCCUGCCACGUAGGUUGGUCGAUAGAGUACACGGGCAGCUCCCAGCUCAGUAACAUUUCACACUGUCAGUUCAGCAAUUCCACGCCUUGGAGCUACCAAUAGAUAUUGAUAGGUGAUGGUGUCACAUUUAUCAUUCGGAACUCACACUCGAAGCUCAUUUUGUACAGAUAGUGAUAUUUGAGACAAUACUCACGUCUCCAGCAAACAAAACAAUACUCCUAUGCUCCAAAGAUUUCCUUUUUUUUUUUUUUAUCAUUUCCUCCUCUCUGCUGACUGGGGCCGCUUCAAGGAUGUAGGCGUCAUCAAGAAGCGUAGUGAGUCUUAAUAAUUUUUCAGCCAAAUUUAGCGGUGCAGCGAAGCAGUUGCUGCCUUUGAUUUUUGAACUGGGUGCUACAGCUACUGACGCGCAAUACACACAGGGUUUUCACCAUGAUUGACGCCACAGUAUUUUUUCAAGGCAGUCACAAAGGCUCAUUGUCAUUUACAACGGUACACUUAGGAUGUAUACUUCUACGUAGGCGUUCGUAUAUCCCUUUGAAGUAUUUUAUUCGAAUUGUAUUAUUCUUUUUUUGUACAGCUUGAGAAAAUGCUUCCUCGCACACUUCACAUUUCUUCCGUUUUUUUUUUCUUUUUUAGGUUUUACAAAAAUCGAAACGCAUUACUGCUCCCUUUAAAAAAAAAGCUUACUGCUUCUCUGUCUCGGUAAUAGUGUUGCUUGUGCACUCGUUGAAGCCUCAAAGGUUCUGUAAGCUUCUAAACACACUCUUGUGGGCACAGCACACCUCAGUGCAAGAACUGCUUUGAUAUGCAUGUAGCACAUGUGGCUUUUACCCAUGUCCUUAACUCACAUUUCGUCUUGGGUUCCGCUGUUUAGAUUUUCUCUUCAGUUGAACUCUAAAAGACAAACAUAUCUCAACACUCAACUUCCGAGCCAAACAUGGAUGUGAAUAAAAAAAGUUAAUAGGCUCUUUCGCUCGAACAUCUGAAAAGAUGUCAUAGUGAAUGACAUAGUAGGACUUGCACUGGGGUUGCUGCCUGCUAACGUUUAAAAUAAUCUUGCAAUCAUUCUAAGCCUCUUUCCUGUCCUUAAUGUCAGCAUUGUGCUUCCGCUUAUAUUUUUUUAAGCAUGCGCUUGCAAGCAUUUCUUCCUUGCUUUGUGAAGGCAGGCAGUGUAUAAAACUUGGACUGCGAUACCUAAAGUCAACAGUGACACGGGCGAUGCGUGAUAUUUCCGUGAGCUGGUUGUAUUCUUUACUUUAAAAGCGUUGAAGGUCUGUGGCAAGUGACAAUUAUGGAGCAAAUCUCAAAUUGCAGCAGAUAUGUGUAUGUAUGUAAACAGUAUAGAUUUUUGUGUUCUGUUUGUGAUCCUGUCUUCUGCUAUAUUGUAGUCUUAAGUUUUGUUGGUGAUGCAAGAGCUACGACGUGAACAGCUUGCGUUUUGUGUCUCACCCAGUGUCUGAAGGAAGAACUUUUAGUAUUGUCAAGAGUGGACAUAAAUCAAAAGUGGUGCCAAUAUGGCCAAUAUGGUCCCCUUGUUACAAGUUCUGUUGUCAAGAGCAUGGCAGUGGAGUAUACUUGUUUGUCGAGUUUUAACUUGCUAGUCAAAGUUUGUGACUAGCAGAUGCAAUGGUCCCGCAUGUUAAUGUAAGUAAAUCAAAAGGUAGAUUGAGCACAAGGUCAUGAGCAUUCUCGUCUCCCAGACAAACAUAGAAGUGUUGUACAUCGAAGAAACUUUCAGCUGCUAUUCUCUUUUUAGUUUUUAAGCCUUGUGUGAGAUGCUUUCUUUGUUGCUUCAGUAAAGUAUAACCCUGUUCUACAGUGGCCUUUUCGUGCGUUUCCUGCAACAGUGGGGAUGGCAUCCCGUAUGGCGUAUCGCAGAAAAAUAACACGUUUUUCCUCUCAUGCUGAUAGAGCUUUUGGAUUUUUCAAAUUUCUAUUCUGAGCUUGUCUUGUUGCAGCAUUGCAAUGGGUUGCCAAGAUGCUAAAAUGCAAACAUAGUACGCAAGCAGGACAGUGCUGUUUGCAUUCUCUAAUGCAUUGCACGAAAAGAAGGGAGGGAUAUGCGCCCAGUUUUUUUUUUUUUUUUAAUUGGCAGUAUUCUGCACAUCUCAUUUACUUUGUCUUAAAGAAAAUGUUAGGUAUAUUAGAAAAUGCACACUUUUCUCUGUUUUUUUUUUUUUCUUUUUUUUCCUGUUGCUUUCUGUAUCUGGAUUUGUGAGGUACUGGUUCACAUGCAUUUAUGCUCUGUGUGUUCAACUUCCACAGUGUUGCAAGAUAUGGCUAGGGUUUAAAGUUUCUGGAAAGUCUUAUUUUCUACAGCGAUUCUAGCACUUUUCCUAGAAGUCUGUAAGCUGCCACAAUUUUCUGUAUCUCGCAAAGCCCAUAAGCCUCUUCUUUGAAAGAGCGUUGCGAUAACUUGGCAUUUAGAAAUUGUCUACUUCAUCGUUCUAUAUGUUGUUGCUACUGUCACCGCCUCUCGCUUUAAAUUACAGAUUAAAUUUACAGGUACUAAUGUUAACCACAUUAGAAUAGUGUUUUUCUCAGCCUGCUGUUCCGAGACUACUGGAAUGUCCCAGGGGGUCCGUUGCCAACACUAUACUUUCUAUUCGUUGCAUUUGGCGCGCACCGCGUGGCCCAAACUUUGCUGGGUUUCGUUGGAAGACCAUAUUUUGAUGUUUGGAUAUUGGAAUUGGACAGUGUUCAAGUUCAUUGCCUCUUAGCUGUCACAAACGUUUGUUUGCUUACAUUUAAUGACAGUCAGCAGCCCCAACUUUUUUCGGAAUCUGGAAUGGUGAGCGUUGUGUCAGAGUGGUUCUAGAACCUUUCGUUUAAGCCUGGAGUUAUGGGCCCUGCACAUUUUUAUGCCCUGUCUCUCAAAAGAAUGGGAUUUCUGCUAUGGUGGCUUUCAAGUAAAGACUUUUGCGUUGUGCAGACGCAGCUCAUGUGGGCCCUGAAAAUGUCUAAGUAUCAUCCAGUCUUGUGAUUAUCGAGACAGACAACACCCUAGCCAUGUCCCAGAGUGUACGAUUACAAAUGAUUACAUUGGGCCCUUGAUUAAAAGAGCACCAUGCAGCACAUCGUGUAGAGGGUUCUUUUUAUUUCACUACCCGUACCUGCAGGCAACGGUGUGCUGCGGCCAACCAGCCUCCUCUCUCUCUUCUUUUCUCCCCCCCCCCCCCCCAUACGUUGAGAGCUUUGGUGACGCACUUACGGAAAGCACCGUAAGAAUUUUGGCUGAUGUCCGUAUGGUUAUGUAUUGUUGAGUACUCCAUUUAGCAUCGUUCCUAGUAAGACUAGGACGUUUGUUCUCUGUUCCCUAAAUUCUGGCCCGUGAGGAGAGUGUGUCCGUACUAGUGUCCGUAGGCUCCAAAGGAUGUCUUGCGUGGUGUAACCAAGUGCCAAGUCAUGCUGAAGGUGGGGGGCCGUUUGGUCAGUGUUGUUGGUUCGUGUGACUUCCACAUGUGGCAUGCUUCUUUGAGAAAGAAGGGAAUGUCAGUGCUGUAGUUUAUUUCUUCUCUCUUUUUUUUUUUUUCUCCUCUGUUGUUUGCCAUCAGCGUGAUGACAUUUUCUCGUGUCUUCAGCUAUUGACUGUGAGAGAACUUGGGCGGGGUUGGUGAUGCAGCGUGUGUGUUUUCAUGAACGUCCAACGCAAAUUUAACACUCUUCUGUUUUGCUCGAAAAUGAAUGUUGCCAAUUGUUUGAGCUUUGUGACAAUGUGGAUAUAUAUAUAUAUAUAUCUUCUGUUUUGUUCCUUUCUCUUUUUUUUUUUUUUUUUCAUUAGAGUGAGGAGAUAUGUUCUAACCAAAUAUUUUUUAUGAUUCUGGGUAGACAUGUGACAGCUUCGAAAGGGUACAGUUUUUUUUAAUUCCUAUGUACUGAUGCAUGUGACCAGUCUGCCUAAUGUUUCUGUGAUAACUUAUUGGAUUUUUUCCUCCUUUUUUUUUUUCUGAAGUUAUUGUUAGGAGUUCAUUCCAAGCUUUAUAAUUUUUUGUUUGUUUGUUUUGUGGCUGGACGUUACUAUGCAGGGUAUGGAUGAUGAUGAUGAUGGUGGUGAUGAUGGGAUCUGGAAACUUUUGAUGUUGUCGAGGUGUCUAGUCGAAGCUCAUGUGUUAUGAGUGCAAAUGUAUCCCAGGCACGGUUACUCAGUGGUGAAGGCUAAUUUGGAGACCGUUGCAAUACUAUUGGAAAGCUCAUUGAGUUUAGCCUGCAUGCCCACAGAAUGUUGGCGUCACUCUUCCCAUCAUUGUCGAAAUUAGAAAAUGAAUAGGUUCGUGCCAGUUAACCAUGUUUCGUAGUUCGUUACUCAUGCUGAAGUGUAAUGGAGUUUUGAUGAAGCAUUAGCUGUCUUCGAUUGAGUUCCCGCAUUCGAUUCAGCGGAGGUGCAGCCUAUGUAGUACACUCAACCAUUCGAUUGGAAAACUGCUACAGGAGUGCAGCACGAGUCCACGAGAGUGCUGCACCUCCUCCAUCAUGCAAAGUUUCAUGCACUGCAGAGCAGACGACAUGAAUAGAGUAGUGUCUUAUCAUCGAUCCGGUGUACACUAGUGAUCACAUUUGUUGAGAUAGGCCGGUCCUUGCUCCUCAAGUCAAUUAACACCACAAGAGUCGCUCAAAAAAUUGUUAUGCAAUGCAGAUGUCUGUGACACAGGAUCUGAGGCUUACACUUUUCUGUUCGAAAAUGACGUGUAGUGUACUUUGCAUGAGGGCAGCACCUGUCGUGUACUUUUUUUACACUGCUCGGUGCACUUUUUGUCAGAUCGAAGACUGCUAUUGUAAGCUAAACAGUGGAACAUCGCACUGAUUGUGAAAUUUUUCUCCCUCUUAAAUUGUAUCGGAAUUGUGUAAUUCUUGAUAAUUUUGCAAUGCAAAAGUUGCAAUAUACAAUAUGUAUUGCAGAGCAGACUGUGUACUACUUUGUCGUGGUUCUUUUUCGUUUCUCUGGAGAUCAAAAUCUGCCUGACCGACUGUAGUGUCCGGUGCCUUGCAGUGUGAAUGUGUUGUAUGACAUGAGCAGACCAAAAAGAUGUAGAUCUCAAAGUAAAGAAGUACAGCUAUGACAACUGAGAGAGAGAGAGAGAGAAAAAAAAGGGCAACAGAAGGUAGGAUGAGGUUGCCUUCAGUUGCUGUUAUUGCAAGAGAGACUGUGAUGCAUUGUGCUGAAACGCUUGGAAAAGAGAACGGAAGGGGUGGACUUCUCACAAGUGUUGCGGCCUAGCCGCUGUUUUAUAAUUUCGAGCAGAAGAGUUUGUCUGUGUUAUUUGUACGUGUUUUAUCAUAUUGUGAAGCAGCUGUCUUCAAAGUAAGCAGUGUUUUCUCUAUCUUCCCGGUGUCAGUGUGUUCAUUUUGGCUCGUUUUAUCGCAGAUUGUGUGUGUGUGUGUGAAUACGGUGUUGAAGAAAUGCUGUGAAUCGCUAAGUGAACAGUUGUGUGUUCAGACAGGAUGAUGCCAACAGUUUUCUCAUUCAAACAUGCUGCUGUAUUGUUUGCACAAGGUCUUUUCUUUUUCCAUGCGUGUUUGUGCUGUUAAUAUCGAAGCUUGUUAUGAAAUUUAAGAAAUUUCCUCUAGUUUUCUGGACAGUGAAAACACGUUUUUAAAAUUUUUGUCGCUGCCGCUGUGAUUCUUGAGGAUGGAGAGUGAGAGAGUGUACUGAAAAGGAAAGCGCUUUUGCUGUAUGUGUCGUUUGAUGUUGCUCUGCUUCUCCCCUUUUGCCCCAUACUCCAUGCUUUCUUCCCCCAAUUGAGAAUUUUUUUAAAAAUAAAUUUUUGAGUUGCA